AUGUCUGAGAAAAAAAUAAAGGAAAAGGUCAAAAAGCGUGAGCGCAUAGUUGCUACUUUACAGCGACAUGAACAGUUUUUGGGAAGUUAUAACCCCGAUAUUCAUGCGGGCGAACUUCAAUCGAGAAUAGAUAAAAUCGAGGUGAAGUUCGAAGAAUUCGAGGAAAUACAGGAGGAAAUCGCUGAACUGGAUGCGGAGGGAAACUAUGAGGCGGAAUGCAACCAAGCGUACGAGGAAUUCGAGAAGCUGUAUUAUCGUCUACGGGCAGCAUUCCUAUCCAGGCUGGCACCCGUACCUGGACCUGCAGAUUUAAACAAUACGCGGAAUGGUCUGGCGCCUGGGGCGCAUACCGGAGUACGUCUGCCGCAGAUUUCCUUGCCGGAGUUCGAUGGUGAUUAUAAGGGAUGGCUGUCGUUUAAAUCGACAUUUGUGUCACUUAUCCACGAUUCGAUCGAGCUGAGUGACGUACAAAAGUUUCAUUACCUUAAGUCGGCAUUGAAAGGAGAAGCCGCGAAACUCAUCGAAUCACUUGCUCUCACAAACGAUAACUAUCUCAUCGCCUGGGAGACCAUCACGAAGCGGUAUUCAAACGAGUAUCUGUUAAAGAAAAGGCAUUUACAAGCGCUAAUGGAGUAUCCAAAGGUGGAAAAGGAGUCAGCAUCGGCAAUCCACGCACUAGUGGAUGAAUUCGAGCAACGAUUGAAGAUUUUGAAGCAGCUGGGAGAAAAGACAGAGCAUUGGGGAGCAAUGAUAGUACAUUGGAUGUGUUCUAAACUGGACAUGAAGACGCUUCAAAUGUGGGAAGACCAUGCUGCAACAACGAAGGAUCCAACGUUUUCGACACUGGUGAAUUUUUUGGAAAAACGGACGAGAGUUUUGGAAGCAGUUUCGUCGAAUAUCGAGUCGUGUAGCUCACAAAAAGUGGAUGUUAGGCGAUCAAAAGUGGGGGUUCAUUCCGCAACCGAUAGUGAAAGGGGUAGUUUAACCUGCUCUUGCUGCGGAGAGUCGCACUUCUUGGGGCGGUGCGACAAAUUUCUGAAUUCCACUCUGAAGGAAAGGUUACAGUUCGUUAAUGGGAAGCGGUUAUGCAGCAAUUGUUUAAAGUCAGGGCAUUGGGUGCGGGAUUGCAAUUCGAAGUUUAACUGUCGUGACUGUGGGAAGAAGCAUAAUACGCUGAUCCAUCCAGGAUUUCCUCUAAGCAGCAGUGGAUCCGGUAACAAUCAACAGUCGGGAAACAAACGGAGUACGAAGCCGGUGACAGCGACGCUAGCUACUAAUGAAGCGGAGGGUGAUCAAGAAGAUAUCACCGAUCAAGGAGCGGUUGGAUCAUACAACGUAGGGACUAAGGACGGCAGGACUUCAAUCGUGUUGUUAUCUACGGUUGUUUUGUUCAUUCGGGAUCAUCACGGAAGGAAGCAGUUAGCUCGAGCCUUGCUUGACAACGGGUCACAGGCGAACAUCAUGAGCGAACGGUUGUGCCAGAUACUAAGUCUAAAGCGGCGUGCAAUCAACGUACCUAUCAGCGGAAUUGGGCAAGCCGAAACGCGUGCAAGGUUCAAGGUAAACGCGACAGUCAGUUCGAGAGUUCACGAUUUUUCAAUUGGCAUGGAUUUCCUAGUGCUGCAGAAAGUUAUAUCUGAACUCCCAUCGGCUAACUUGCCUGUGGCACAUUGGAAGAUACCGAAGGAUAUUCAAUUGGCUGAUCCGAACUUCAAUAGCAGCAAUCAGGUGGAUCUACUUAUCGGAGCGGAGCAUUUUUAUCGUUUCCUGUUCGAGCGGGAAAUAAAGCGAAUCAAGUUGGGUCCCGGUCUGCCAAUGUUGAUAAACUCAGUAUUCGGAUGGAUCGUCUCAGGGAAAGUUUCAGAAACGUCAACUAAAACAGUUAGCUGUUGUGUGGCGGCUACAUCUGAUGACUUGGUGGAACAAUUAAAGAAAUUUUGGGAAGUUGAGAGCGUGGAAGAGAAACCCCUUUGGUCGAGGGAGGAGCAGGAUUGCGAACGUCACUUCGUGAAAACUUUUAGUCGUACAGAGGACGGUCGGUACGUUGUACGUUUGCCAAAACAUGUAAACUUCGAGCAGAUGUUGGGUAAUUCACGUGAAAUGGCAUUAUCGCGAUUCAGGAAGCAGGAAAGUCAGUUGGAGCGAAAGCCGGACAUGCGCUUGCAGUACAAUGCCUUUAUGCAAGAGUAUUUGGACCUUGAACACAUGAAGGAGAUAAAUGAAGAUGUGAUCCAGAAGGAAGUGUCGUCGGAAAGCACGAAAAAGGAAUAUUACCUGCCACAUCACGCUGUGCUGAAGGAAUCCAGCACUACAACGAAGGUACGCAUAGUAUUCGAUGGUUCAGCCUGUACCGACACUGGUUAUUCUUUGAACGAUGCGCUACUGAAAGGUCCAAUCAUUCAGGAUGAACUCCUAAGUCUGCUGAUACGUUUCCGUAAGCAUGAAGUUGCACUAGUCGGCGAUGUAGAGAAGAUGUACCGACAGGUACGCCUACAUGAUGAUGAUACUGGACUACAGCGCAUUUUUUAUCGUUUUUCCCCGGAGGAACCUUUAAGGGUUUUUGAGCUGACAACUGUGACAUAUGGGCUAACCCCAUCAUCAUACUCAGCUAUUCGUGUUUUGCACCAACUUGCAGCGGAUGAAGGAGCGGAAUACCCUGUAGCGGCUGAAGCCUUAGUGAAAGAUUUUUAUGUGGAUGAUUACAUCGGCGGCGCACCAAACGUGGACGAGGCUAUACUGCUUCAAAAGGACCUUACUGCAUUAAUGAAGAAAGGUGGAUUUGUUUUACGCAAAUGGUGUUCAAAUCGACCGGAAGUGUUGGCUAAUAUUCCAGCCGAUCAACUAGGGACAAAUCUGUCCAUAUCAUUUCAAAUAAACCCAGACGAAAAGGUGAAAACCUUGGAAAUAACCUGGGAGCCUGGGUCUAGUCGAUAA